AUGGCUUUUUCUACAGAAGAUCCUAAGUUCGCAGAGUUUCGUCAACUAUUUGCCAAAGCGCGCUCAGUCCUGGUAUUAACCGGUGCGGGUGUUUCUGCUGAAUCUGGUGUUCCUACAUUUCGUGGAAGUGGUGGCUUUUGGCGCAAAUACCAAGCGACAGAUCUAGCUACACCGGAGUCGUUUGCUAAGUCACCAUCUCUAGUUUGGGAAUUUUACCAGUAUCGACGAGAACUCAUGGCAACGAAAGAACCGAAUAAAGGACAUUUGGCAUUAGCCGAAGCGGAAAAACGCUUUGAAAAAGAAGGCAGACGGUUUGUGAUUUUGACUCAAAACAUUGAUGGACUUCAUCGACGAGCAGGUUCGUCUAAUCUCAUUGAAAUGCAUGGUAUGUUAAUAUUACACUUGAAAAUACUCUAUACUAGUUCGGAGAAUAUAGGUAACCUGUUCAAAACUCGAUGUACGUCGUGUGGUUUUGUUGAGGAAAAUAAGAACAACCCGAUAUGUGAAGCUUUGCGAGGUCGAGGAUUACCGGAUGUUGAGACUGGUAGUGAAAUACCAGUAGCAGACCUUCCUCUUUGUCGACAGUGUCAAUCACUUGUUCGUCCACAUGUCGUUUGGUUCGGUGAAACUUUAUGGCCGGAUGUUCGAGAGAAAAUCGACAAAGAAAUUGCUCAAUGUGAUUUGUUCCUAGUGGCUGGAACAUCAUCUGUGGUUUACCCGGCUGCAGCGUAUGCAUCUAUUAUCUCACGCCUUGGUGUUCCUGUCGCUGAAAUUAAUAUCGAAUCAACUCCGUCAACAUCGAAUUCAACUUUCCAUUUUAGAGGUCCUUCGGGUGAAUUACUUCCUAUACUAUUGGCACCUUCGGUCGAUGAAGCUUUGUAG